GUGCCGGACAUCGUGGAUCGUGUGUGGGAGACACCAAGAUUUAUCGUCUCUAGACUAGACUAAAAAGAUUUAUUGAAAUAAUUAUGAUGAAGUAGAUGAUGGUCAUCCGGGAUACAGAUGUUGCUACAUUUAUUUUAUUAAUUAUGUCAUCAAGAGGCUUUAUUUUUUCGAAAACGAGACGUUCUCGCGCACCGGAAGGUCGAGUUUCCACGAUUGGUCAGCAAUAGAAAUCAGUUGGGACCAGAUGCGAUUCUCUAGUAAUGAAUCGUCUAAUUGACUGUAAAAAAGCAAGUUUGUCAAGGAAAUUGAUAAUUAAAAGCGGUUUUAUGGGCUGUUUAGAUCGGAUGUCUGCUUGAAAUGGAAAUUCAACCAUGUGAGCACCCAUCUCGGCGAGCUCGAAUCAGCAGUGCCAUGUUCAUCAGCGCGGUGAUUUUUUUUCUGGUAUUGGCAACGGUUUUGCUACCACCGACCGCCGCUGAUGUUUCCCCUCAACGAGGCAGACAACGCAAAGGUGCCACUUUUCCGUCAUCUCCAUCGAGGGAACGCAAACCCAACAUUGUGCUUAUCCUCACCGACGAUCAAGAUGUCGAAUUGGGCUCGUUGAAUUUUAUGCCAAAGACGGCAAGGGCUAUAAGGGACCAGGGGGCAGAAUUCAGACAUGCCUACGUGACGACGCCUAUGUGCUGUCCGUCGAGGUCGUCGCUGUUGACGGGGAUGUACGUCCACAAUCACCACGUCUACACCAACAACGACAACUGCUCCAGCAGCCAGUGGCAAGCCACCUACGAGACCAGGUCCUUUGCCACGUACCUAUCCAACGCUGGAUAUAGAACAGGUUAUUUCGGAAAAUAUUUGAACAAAUACAACGGAUCGUAUGUGCCGCCAGGUUGGCGCGAAUGGGGUGGUUUAAUAAUGAAUUCAAAGUACUACAAUUACUCGAUCAAUAUGAAUGGGAAAAAGAUCAAGCACGGUUUCGAUUACCACAAGGACUAUUACCCCGACUUGAUCGCCAACGACUCCAUCGCUUUUCUUCGCCAAUCGAAGAAAAACAGCGCUCACAAGCCCGUCAUGUUGACGAUGUCGUUUCCUGCACCGCAUGGCCCCGAAGACUCGGCCCCCCAAUAUUCGCACCUCUUCUUCAACGUCACCACUCAUCACACCCCGUCAUAUGACUACGCCCCCAACCCGGACAAGCAGUGGAUCCUGCAAGUGACCCAGAAGAUGCAACCCAUCCACAGGCAAUUCACCGACCUUUUGAUGACCAAGCGUCUGCAGACGCUGCAAUCGGUCGACGCCGCCGUCCAUCUCAUCGUCGAAGAGCUCCGGGCUUUGGGCGAACUCGACAACACCUACAUUAUUUACACGUCGGACCAUGGGUACCAUCUGGGCCAGUUCGGUCUCAUCAAGGGCAAAAGUUUUCCGUUUGAAUUCGACGUCCGAAUCCCGUUUUUAGUCCGCGGUCCAGGUGUCGAGCCUGGUACUGUAGUCGAUGAUAUAGUACUUAACAUAGAUCUAGCCCCCACGUUUCUGGACAUUGCCGGCGUCGAGGCGCCCCCACAUAUGGACGGCAGAUCGGUGCUUCCCCUCUUCUUGAACUCGAAGAGGAAACGGAUGCGAUGGCUGGACACCUUCCUCAUCGAAAGCUCUGGACGCAGGGAAACCCCCUAUCUCGACGCCCGAAUUAAAGCCAGACGGAACACCACCACGGAAGCCCCUCUAUCGACUUUGGCCCCCGAGGAUUACUCGAUGGCGACGUCGACGAAAUUAUGGGAGAGUACCGUCACUACGACGACGACAACUCCGAGAAGAGUCUACGAGUCAGGUGAGGAUUUGACACUUGAUGACGAAGACGACGAAGAUGAAGAUAUCGAUGAGGAGGAAAUCGACGAUGAUGAUGAUAUUUACAGUAACGAAGCAAAUGUUACUAACAAGAAUCUAAUCCGAGGUGAAGGUACUAACCGAAAUUUUGAGGGGUUUUGUCGGUUAACGAGGUUUUUUCCAGAGUGGAGAAGUAAACUGGAGAGAUUAACCCUAGAAUGUGCCACCGAUGAAAUGAAAUAUCCCUGUAGGAGGAACCAAAAGUGGUAUUGCAUUAACGAAAACGGUAGAUGGAGGAAACAUAAAUGUAAAAUGCUUGCUUUGACCGGAAACAAGUUAUUGCGGAAGUGUGCUUGUUUCACUCAGGAAGGCUUAAUUUACAAGACUAUGGUCGAUCGAAACCUAACACGACGUCAUACACGCAUCAAACGUGACACUGACCUCACCCAUAUCCUCUUCGCUCUAAUAAACCCAAGCAUGACCUCACGAGCAAAACGUGACACUCUUGAUCACGUCGAGACCGUCAUGAAAGACGUUCAAGGCAAAAUAAUCGACUUGAAAUCAGUUAACACUUCAUUCAACCUCGCCACAAACACUAUUUCCGCCGGUUGUAUAAUCAUGAGUAAAGGUCGUGUCAACUGUUCCACUUCGGUGUAUCAAGACCCGAAGUCGUGGAGACAAUCCCGACAUCAGAUAGACAACGAAAUCCACCAAUUGAAACAAAAACUCGAAAAAUUGAAAGAAAUUAGGCGACACUUGAAACAUACAAGGCCUCUAAUGGGGCAAGACGAUGACGAGAGAAAUAAAACGGUGAAAUUUGAAUCGCCGGAAAUAAACGAACUAAAUUUGGGCCAAGAACCGAAAAGGAGACGCAAACCGGUGAAAAUAAACCGAAUUGAGCUCACCACUAGUAGCCCUUAUUUCGGUCACGGUAACCACCACCGCCACAAACACCCCAAUAACGACAUCACGACCUCGCCCACCACGACCAAAGCCCCCGAAGAGUACGAAAACUGUCAUUGCACCCCCGACCCGCGUCCCACCCCCAAACACAAAAUCAAGGAAGAGAAACUCCGGAAGAAGUUGCGCAAACAGCGCAAACGUGACCAAUUGGAGAAAGAGUGUGCUUCUGAACGCAUGAAUUGCUUCCGGCACGAUAAGGAGCACUGGAAGACAGCCCCGAUGUGGACCGAAGGCCCCUUUUGCUUCUGCAUGAAUGCCAAUAACAACACUUAUUCGUGUGUUAGGACGAUCAAUUCGACGCACAAUUUCCUCUAUUGUGAAUUUACCACCGGAUUGGUGACUUUCUACAAUCUUAGGAUCGAUCCGUACGAGUUGCAAAAUCGGAUCGAGCAGUUGAAAGUGGAGGAAAAAUUGUAUCUGCACGAGCAGUUGAAGCAUCUGAUGGCGUGUAAGGGCAAGUCUUGCACGGUGAAUCACAACCAUCAUGCGAAGAUGGUUGUGGGGGCGCCACAUCGCUCCAAGAAGAGGAAACUGGUUGAGGAGGGGGGCAGACUGCUUCCGCUUACACAGUCUGAAUUUUCUCCGCGUUGGGAGUACAGUCAUGCCUCAAAAACGCACAAGACGUGGCGUCGCCGUAACCCGUGGAAGUACAUCUGGCGUCAGAAUAAGCACGAGAGAGCGAGGCAGAAACAGUUCGACGUCAAUGAUGGGAAUUUUAAGAGAAGCUGGCAUUAGGAGGAAGCGAAGGAAAACAGCGUGAAUAACACUAUCAAUAAGAAUAAUCGACUGAAUUUUAAAAAAGUAUAUCAUUUAAUGAUGCAUUUAUUGUGAUCUCUAAUUUAUGACUUUGUUUUUAAAUUAAUUUGUAGGUUUCAAAGCUUUUGCUUUAUAUGUAAUUGUGUAAAGAUAUAGUAAGGUAAUGUUAGGGACCUGCAAUACUUCCACUAAACAAAAGUAGCAAUAUCUCCUGAAUUUCUAUCAAAGUGAAACAAAGGGCAAUAACUUUUGUCCAUUCUUGACAUGUAUUUCCGUCUAGUCCAUUCAUUUUGUAUAUAAUUCUUGUAUUAUUACAACCUGCUUGGUACAAUUAUCUCAAUUCCAAACACAUGUGUAACAAGGAGGACAAAUAAAACAUAAUAUACCAAA